AUGCGUUUGACAGAGAAUGGAAAGGAAAUGUCCUUGUUAAAUUCGACAACACCAAAUUUCUGGAGAAAAUAUUUGCUUGGUGAUGGUUUAAAAAAUGGUGAUAAAAUUGCCAUUGCUAUUCGUGCAUUAGUUAUCUUAUCAGCAAUUGGUUUAGUGUGGUUAGGUAUUGCAUUAGCUUUGAUUAUUCAUCUUAAAUGUCAAAAAAAUCGUUUAUCGUCGAUUAACAAUGGACUUAACGAUAGUACGACAAGUAUUCCAAAUAAAACAAAACGUUCAAGAAUGAAAAAUCGUGCAAGACAUCAGAUAGCAUUUCAUUCAUUCGAUCGUUUAUUACCACGUUUAAAACGUCGUCUAUUUUGGAAACGUCAAACAUCUCUUAUGUCAUCAAAAAAAAAAUCAUUUGAACGUUGUUCAAAAGAGAAACAAAAACAGCCAAUUCUAACAGGCACAAUAUUAAUUGAGCCCAAACAACGUACCUUAUUACCAGUUAAACGUCUUCUUAAAUUAUCAGGUUCUAGAAACAAUCAUAAAUUAGAAAGCGAUAGUUCGAGCGGUGAUGAAUAUACUCGUAAACAACAUAAACAGAAACAUUUUUUAUAUGUCGAAAAAAAUACAAAAUCAUCCAUAAUCAGUCCACUUCAAAAGGCAAAUAAUGAAAGUUUUAAAUCAAAAAAUUGUGUUUCCACUCAGGCAUUAUGUGCACAUACGUCACUUCCAUCGGAUGAAAGUACCACAACAGUAACAACGUUUCGAAAAGUAAAUGAAUUACCAUCUACUACGAAAAAGACACUAUUAUUUCAUCCCAUUACUAAACGGCCAUCUUAUUCAACUAAUGUAUUGGCUAUAAAACCUGUUGUUUCUGCACGUGAAUUAAGGCAAAGAGAUGAUAAUUGGUUAUGUGCGAUUAACAGUGCAAAUGUCGGAGAAAAUUUACAUAAUCGUCAUCUACCAUUGGUGAUGAUAACAGAUACUACAUCAAGUCACACAAAUAUUGUCGAAUUAGACACAUUCGAAGAUCAGCAUCGAUUGUUGUCUGAUGAUGAACGACAUAUAAUGAAAGAAUUGAGAGCAUCUUAUAGACCAAGACAUUCGACAUAG